ACUGUUGAUAUUUGGCUCUGUUGACUAAUGUGUUUGCCGACCACUGCUUCAGGAUAGGUUGACCGGGUCUGAGAAUUAUUUUGCAGGCGCACUGGAAAUCACGUGGUCAAGUGGUUGAGCCUUGCGGCCAGACCAGAGAGGCCCCUGCCUCCCCCUAGGAAGCUCUGCUGUUCCUAUGGAGCCAUGAAGCUGAACGAGAGGAGUGUGGCCCACUAUGCACUGAGCAACUCCCCAGCAGACCACAGGGGCUUCCUGCGCACCUGGGGGGGCCCAGGCACUCCACCCACCCCCAGUGGCACUGGCCGAAGGUGCUGGUUUGUCCUCAAGGGCAAUCUGCUGUUCUCCUUUGAGAGUCGAGAGGCCCGGGCCCCUCUGGGGCUGGUGGUGCUGGAGGGCUGCACGGUGGAACUGGCCGAGGCUCCCGUGCCGGAGGAGUUUGCCUUCACCAUCUGCUUCAACGCCCCCGGUGUGCGUCCAUACCUGCUUGCUGCUGAUGGACCGGCAGCCCAGGAGGCCUGGGUGAAGGUGCUGUCCCGGGCAAGCUUUGGCUACAUGCGCCUGGUGGUGCGUGAGCUGGAGAACCAGUUGCGUGAUGCCCGCCAGAGCCUGGCCUUGCAUCGCCACUCAUCCUGGAAGGCCGGUACAAGCUCCUGUAAGACCCAGCCUGCUGACCAGCUGUCUCGGGGCCUGGAGAACGGCCACACCCUCUCCAGGGAUUACAGCCCCAUGGGCGUGGUGGAAGCCGGGGGCAGCAGGCCAGCAGGGCGGAACUUGGCAGAAUGUGAGUUGCAGGGCGCUGCCAGCCUCCUAGGCAGGGGCCAGAGCCCCGUGUCCCCCGAGACCUCUUGCUUCUCUACCCUGCAUGACUGGUACGGCCAGGAGAUCCUGGAGCUGAGGCGGGGGUGGCGGCAGAGGGCCCAGGGGAGCCAGCCAAAAUGUGAGCAACAGGAUAAACCCUGAACCUGGACCCUCUGGGUGCUGCCCUUGUCCUGCUGGUCAGGACACUGGGGCCAAUUCUUUUUUUUAGGAGUUUGAUGUUUACUUGUUUCCAAAGUUGCUUUUUUUUUUGAGGGGGUUCUCCAGGUUCCAGAUCUACCCUCAUACCUGGAGAGGCCUGAGGAAUCAUUACUUGUAUCCCCUUUAUUUCCUGAGGCCCAGAGAGCAAAGGUGGCUUGGAGGGUCCUUUGGUGGGAGAGGGUCUUCAGCCACCACAGAGGGAUGGACUCUGCUCAGAAAGUGCUGGAGCCCCGUCCUCUCUCUCCUUCUGGCUAUCCUGACAACAGGCGGUGCUGGAUGCUGACCCCGGAGGGACUGGUAGCUUUUUGCAGAAACCCUGACUGCACUUGGUACACAGCUGCCAGCUCCUGGGUCUGCAGAGGGAAGCCGAAGAGGUGGGCAGGCAGUGUGGCUCCCCAGGGACAGCCCGUUUGGUGUGGUUCUCAGUCCGGGCAUUCUCGGAGCUUGGGCACAGGACUGCUGGCACCUUGUGAUAAACCCUCUCCUGCCUGGGCUCCCAGAGGGGUGUUCCAGCUCCUGUGACCACCUGGGAACUUGCUCACAGUCCUGCUUGUCACCCAGGGUGCCCCUGCCAAGACCCUCUCAUUGCCGCCCUCCCUGGCAGGCCAGAUGUCUUCUUUUUCCAUUUAUUCUGGGGGGCACAGUGGCUGGCUCUACAGAGCCAGAGGCCUGACAAGGCUGAUGCCCCACUGGCAUGGUGGCAGGGGCUAGAUGGGCGAUGCGGAGACUGCGCAGAGAACACCCCCACCCCCAACACACACCAUCUGUCCCUUAGCCUCUGCCACUGGGGCCUCGGCAGCCUGACCAAGGCCCAACUAGGCCUAGAGCAGUGGUUCCCAACCUCUUUUGGCCACGCCCACCCGAGCAACUCUAACAUCCUGAUGUCCCCCUCCCUGUGACAUAGAAUUCUCAUUAUUCAAAAAGUGAACUCUUAUGCACGUGGAGGAAGCCUAAAAGACCAUUAACUUGAUCUAAACAAGCUU